CAGAGAGCUGAUUGUAUGUUCAUGCAUAUACAGGUAGAGUGAAUGUGCUGCGAUUGAAAGGUCAUAUAAUGUAAUUUAAUGCUUGAAAAUCUUUUGAAAUGAGUGGAAACUUUUUAAGCAAACAUAAAGGUAGUUGGGUUGUUGUAGGUUUUUCGGGCUGUAUGGCCAUGUUCUAGAAGCAUUUGUUGACAAACCUCACAACCUUUGAGGAUGCCUGCCAUAGAUGAGGUGAAACGUCAGGAGAGAAUGCUUCUAGAACAUGGCCAUACAUCCCGAAACACCUACAAUAACCCAGUGAUUCAGGCCAUGAAAGCCUGCAACAAUGCAGAAAGGUAGUUUUAAAAAAAUUGAGCUUAUAGAUAAUAUGAAAUCAUGGAGUUGGGACUGGGGUGAGGAAUAAAGGAACAGUUUAAUGAAGGGCAGGUGGGACUGGGAUUGGAUUAGCAGAGGCCUAAGAGAAAGGAGGAGCCAGCCUUACUUGGCUGUGGAAUAAAUUCAGGGAUUGUUGUUUGACUCUCCAAUAAAAGCCUUCCUGAACCUUCUCAGCUAAUUCUGAUUUUUCUUCAAAGAGGAUAUGUGACUUUUUUUGCUAGUCUUCCUAACUGUAACAUCUUGUCUUUGGAGAAUUCUAGAGCAGAGCUGGUCCAAGGACUUUCAUUUUCUGAGAGAAGAAGGAGGAAAAGCAUAUUGGAUCCAAUUUGCUUCUUAAUCAAACAGUGGUUCCAACAUGGGGAAACCCAACUCACCUGGAAGUGAAGCAGGACCUGGGAGAUUUGGGGCAUUCUGGGGAAAAAGUACACAUAAGCCCCUGAGUGUGGACCUUUCUAGCUCAGACAUACAGUGCCAGCGCUUCAGGCAUUCCUCCUUCCGAGAGGGUGAGGGACCCAGAGAGGUUUGCAGCCGCCUCCACUCUCUCUGCCGCCAGUGGCUGAAGCCAGAGCAGCACACCAAGGCGGAGAUGCUGGACCUGGUGAUCCUGGAGCAGUUCCUGAGCAUCCUGCCCCCAGAGAUGGGGAGCUGGGUCCGAGAGUGUGGGGCAGAGACCUCUUCCCAGGCGGUGGCCCUGGCGGAAGGCUUCCUCCUGAGUCGGGCAGAGGACGAGAAGCAGGAAGGACAGGCCCAACAUAACUGUAUUGAAGUCCAGCCUGAUGUUCCUGAAUCAGAGAAACCUCACUCGGACACCACCCAGAGUCUCCAGCAGAAGGAGCUCAACCAGGAAGGAGAUGUCGCUGCAGACUUGGAAGAGGCUGGAAUGAUGUUGUUGCCAGAUCCUCAGUUGUUUCUUCCACUUUGUGAUGGGGUGGAACUGACACAGGGCCCAGACGCCUUUGAGGACGUGGCUGUCCAUUUUUCCCUGGCGGAGUGGGCUCUCCUGAGUCCUGAUCAGAAAGUUUUGCACAUACAGAUCACGGAGGAGAUUCAUGGGAUUGUGGACUCUCUUGUAGAUAACGUUGAGAAAAACAAUGUAUGCACCAAAUGCAGAAAGUAUUUUGCGUACAAUGGAGGCCUUCAUGGACACCAGCAGGCCCACAGUGAAGAUGAAGAUUCUGCGAGAGAAAGGCCGUAUAAAUGCAAUCUGUGUGGGCAAUGUUUUAUCCAAAAUGUGUCAGAAUUUGGGAAGUUUUUUACUCAGGAUACACACCUUAUAGAGUACCAGGGAUCUCACACAGGAGAGAAACCAUACAAAUGUAAGGAAUAUGGAAAAUGUUUUGUUCAAAGUUCAACCCUUGUGAGCAACCACAAAUCCCACACCAGAGAAAACGCAUAUAGGUGCCCAGAUUGUGGGAAAUGUUUUUCUUCCAGUUCAAGCUUGUUGAGGCACAAUAGACUCCACACAGGAGAGAAGCCAUACCAAUGCCAGGAGUGUGGGAAAUGCUUUGUUGCCAGUUCAGAUCUGGGGAGCCACAAAAGACUUCACACAGGAGAGAAGCCAUACCAAUGCCAGGAAUGUGGGAAAUGUUUUGCUUACAGUUCAGACUUGGUGAGACACAAAAGACGCCACACAGGAGAGAAACCAUACCAGUGCCAUGAGUGUGGGAAAUGUUUUGCUACCAACUCAGCCUUGGUGAAGCACAAAAGACUCCAUACAGGAGAGAAGCCAUACCAAUGCCAGGAGUGUGGGAAAUGUUUUGCCCGUUUUUCAUACUUGUUGAACCACAAAAGACUCCACACAGGAGAGAUGCCAUACCAAUGCCAGGAGUGUGGAAAACGUUUUGCUAGCAGUUCACACUUUGUGAGCCACAAAAGACUCCAUACAGGAGAGGAGCCAUACCAAUGCCAGGAAUGUGGGAAAUGUUUAACUUCCAGUUCAGCCUUGGUGAUGCACAAAAGACUCCAGACCGGAGAGAAACCAUACCAAUGCCCGGAGUGUGGAAAAUGUUUUGCUGCCAGUUCAGAUUUGGUGAGCCACCAAAGACUUCACACAGGAGAGAAGCCAUACCAAUGCGAGGAAUGUGGGAAAUGUUUUGCUUAUAGUUCAGACCGGGUGAGACACAAAAGACUCCAUACAGGAGAGAAGCCAUACCAAUGCCUGGAGUGUGGGAAAUGUUUUGCCCGCAGUACAUAUUUGUUGAACCACAAAAUACUUCACACAGGAGAGAAGCCAUACCAAUGCCUUGAGUGUGGAGAAUGUUUUUCUCGCAGUUCGUGCUUGGUGAGGCACAAAAGACUCCACACAGGAGAGAGGCCGUUCCAAUGCCAGGCAUGUGAUAAAUGUUAUCCUUGCAAGUCAUCACUUCUGAGACACCAGAGUAUCCACACAGGAGACAAGCCAUUCCAAUGCUACGACUGUGGAAAAUGUUUUAUUCAGAGUUCAUCCCUUUUGAGCCACCAGAGAAUUCAUAGAGGAGAAAAACCAGGCAAAGAGCUGGAACAAAAGUAACGAAAUGAAUUGCAACAGGGAAAUUGCAGGCUGAGGACAUUCUGUUGCUGUAGAUUAUACAGUCAACAUUUUCCGAUGAACCCGUGUGAUUCCCUUGGCUUCAAGUAGUACUUGGCUCGACUUUGGACUGAUCUCUUAGAUAACUCUCUUCCUUGUUUGGAACGCUGUUCAGAUUUUUGUUUUUUGUUUUGCUUUUAUGACUCGGGGCUAUUUUGGAGAACUCUUUUGCUUCUCUGGACACCAGUAUCACCAUGGGACUGGACUGGCUUUCCUCUGGCCAGCCUUUGUGGUUAAACAUCUGAUUUCAGACAGAACCCUUUGAGAAGUUCUGUUCUUGUCAUUUGAAUCCCUAAGUUGAGGUUCUCUUCUCUGGAGCAGCAGAAAGCAACUUUACUGUAACAAUCCUUCAGAGGAUUAAAUAUGUUGUCACCUAUUCUGAAGUGGAGCCGCAAUGAGUUAAACCCUUGUGCCGGCUGGACUGCUGACCUGAAGGUUUGGUUGCUGACCUGAAGGUUGGAGGUUCGAAUCUGCGAAACUGGAUGAGCUCUGUCAGCUCUAGCUUGGAGGGACAUGAACAGAAUAGUAUUCCGGGGGUGCCUUGGCAAUGUCUCUGUAGACGGCCAAUUCUCGCACACCAGAAGUGGCUUGCAGUAUGUUCCCAAGUUGCUUCUGACAUGAUUUUUUUUAAAAAGCCUUAUUGUGAAAAAAAAAACCCAUAUGUAAUUCCAUCAAUUGUUCCUCUUGGUCUUAGUUUCAAGCUCCUUUACCACCUUGGUUACAAAUUUCCAGUUUGUGAAUGUUGUUUUUCAACCAGGAUUCCAGAAUUGAACACAAUGCUUCUGUUGAGGCACAACAAAAGGAAAAGAUGUUUGCACUAUUAUUUCCCCUGAUGUACAAAUUGUAUCUCUGGCUAGAAUUAACUGUAUGUUUUCUUGCUCCUGGCACACACACUUUUGAUCCACAUUGAAUUAGAAAAACAGGAAUCUUGUUAUUUUAGAAUUAA